AUGAUGGUCUUCCUGCGGCCUGGGGCGGAUCGGCUUUGCGGAUCUUCAGGCAGCGGUCCAUCCUUCAAGAGGAAUGGCUUCACUCCUUCAUGCCCCAGUCAAGGAAACGGUUUCCGACCCUCCUGGCUUUCGGAUCAUCAAAAGGAGCUGUAUGUGCCAAGCUGGCCGACCAACCAGGCCGAAGGAAUGCGGCGUUUGGCACGUCCACGGAUUGCAGGACAGAUUCCAUGUAUCAUCGAGUUUUUGGCAAGUCUUUCGAAAAGCCAGUUUCGGCUCCAGAAAGAGAUUGUUGGCAAAUAG